AUGGAAAGACUGGACUUGGCCACCUACAGCAAGGAAAUCAAACAGGACUACGACAAAGUGGUUUCUGGAGAACUGACGUACGUCAUCUACACCACAUUGAAGGACUCGUCUUUGAAGCCAACAGUGCACGGUGACGGAGACAUUAACGAGUUCAUAACCGAAUUCGAAGAAGGAGCCGUCCAAUUCGGCUACAUUCGUGUCAAUCCGUACGGCUCGGACGUUCAGAAACUGCUUUUGGUCGGAUGGUGUCCGGAUUCCGCUCCUUUGAAAAGUAAAGUUUCAUUCUCCAACAACGUUGCCGAAGUUGGCCGGAUCCUGCACUACCACGUCCAGGUGACCGCCAGAGACCCUGACGACCUGGAUGUCGAUGAUUUGCUGAAAACCGUGGGAAACGCUUCUGGUGCUCGGUACUCGAUCCAAACUCUGCAAGGCACAAAGAGCACUUCAAAGGCUGCCCCAAAACCGGUUUCCAAACCAGCUCCUAAGCCAGCUCCUGUUCCAAAACCAAUUCAGCAAAAGCCUGUUGCUCCAAAACCUGUCAAGGCCGACCCAGAAGACGAGUGGGACGGUGAAGAGGAGAUCCAGGAGAGAGACUUCUCGAAAAAGCCACUUGAAACUCUUCCCUCCGCUUACAAGCCAACCAAGGUGGACAUCGACGCUUUGAGAAAGGGUCCUUCGCAAACAACCAAUUCCGAGCCUGCCACCGUCUCGCUCAGUCUUGGUGACGGCCGUCUCUCGUCUCUCCCAAAACCAAAGGUGAACAACUCGGUUGCUUCCAAAUUCCAGGAAGUUGUUCAGCCAUCAUUCGGCUCCAAGCCAGCUUUCGGUGCUCCUCCUAAGGAGGAACACCCUUCUGGUGGACUGAGCAGAAACUUUGGUUCCACCAACGGAAAGACUCCUGCCCAAAUCUGGGCCGAGAAGAAGGGCCAGUACAAGGAUCUUGGACACGAUUCCAAGCCUGUCAAUGCCGAAACCCCUGACGAGUCAGAGGUCGAUGUUGGUGACGUCAAGUCCAAAUUCGAGGCUUUGAAGGUUGCGGACGAACCAAAAGCAGAGCCAAAGUCCACCUCCUUCCCUCCUCCUCCAGUCAGAUCGUCUUUCCCUCCACCGCCAGUGAGAAGCGUUCCUAAACAGGAAGAACCUGAAGAAGAGGAAGAGGAAGAGGAAGAGGAGGAACAAGAGCCUGAACCAUCUCCAGCCCCUCCAGCUCUCCCAACCGCCGCACGUCCAACACCUGCUCCUCCGGCUGCCAGCUCCGCUCCUACGGCUGUGGCUGAAUACGACUACGAGGCAUCUGAGGACAACGAGAUCGGCUUCGCUGAAGGUGAGACCAUUGUUGAGAUCAAGUUCGUGGACGAGGAUUGGUGGCUCGGAACCAACGCGGCUGGCAAGUCUGGUCUGUUCCCUUCGACGUACGUCACCUUGAACGAGGACUCUAAAAAGGAGUCUGCUCCAGAACCUGCUGCCGAACCAGAUCCAGAACCAGAACCAGAAGCUGCUCCAGGUCUCACUGCCGUUGCUGAGUACGACUACGAAGCUACCGAAGACAAUGAGAUCACUUUCAGCGAACAGGACUUGAUCACCGACAUUGAACAGGUUGAUGACGACUGGUGGUUGGGAUCCGUCAACGGUCAAAGAGGACUGUUCCCUGCCAACUACGUGAAGCUCCAGGACUAA